AACGGUAAAAAGCCGCGGACCUACUGCUAUCCGCGUGGGCAGCCAUGUUCCACAGAAACAUAUGGGAUCAAUUGUGUUAUAUACAUAUGUUGGAAGAGCCGGCUGGUGGGGGGGUGCCGUCCGAAAAAAUUAAUAAGGAGCACCAGCACGUUCACGGCGGCUCACCUACCGUGCCGUGUGUGUGUUGUGGGUUGAUAGAAUCUUUUGUUUUUCUUCAAGUUUCUUAGAUUUUGGAUAUUGUUGGUCUGCUCCACGAAUCGAGACAGUGUGGUUAUGUGGUAGAUUUUGGAGCUUAUUAUUUCACGUCAGAAAGGAAGAACAAUGAAUUUAUAUCAAAUAGCUCGUGCUGUCUUGGGUAAACCGAGUUUGUUCGUCGCAGACUUGUCGCUCAUAAGAUGUCGACACACGAAACAUUGGAAUCCAAAGUGGAAAAAAGAGAGAAGAGAAAAGGUUAUAAAGGUCGACUUGAGCGAUUUCGAAGAAAAGCACGACGAUAAUUCUGAAAUAGCAAAAGAACGCAAACGACAAAAGAUGAAAGAAAAGGGUAUUUAUCCCCAGAAACCCUGGCAAGAAAAACCCUUGUAUUUGAGUUGCACAGGAAGUAUAUUUGAGCCUUACGUACCUCCAGAAGGAGAUGGAAAAUUCUCAGCUAUGUCGACAAGUGGUGCAAAACAGAGUAUGCAGUUUAUACAAAAGAAAACCACAUCGUACCGAGCUGUUAAGAAAAUUAAAAAGUAUGAAGAAGAGUUUAAUGUUCAUGAUUUCACGGAUCAAGUAAAUGAUAUCUAUAGAAAUGCACAUGAAGCUUUGGCUAACAAGGAGAAGGACAAACUUACGGACUACGUUACAGAAAAAUUGUACCCUGAAAUGUUGUACCAUUUGGAAAACAAAAUUAUAAAAUGGAAAUUCAUUGGUUCCUUAGAACCAACAAGAGUAGUUCAUGCAAGGUGUACAAAUUUGGUCACAAAUGAUAACCACUUUGCUCAAGUCACAGCUCGACUUCAUACUCAGCAGACAUUAGCUAUUUAUGACAGGUUUGGAAGAUUGAUGAGUGGCUCGGAAAUUUUGACGAAAGAUGUCUUAGAAUAUGUUGUACUAGAAAAACAUUUAAGUAAUCAAUAUGGCCGAUGGCGAUUACAUGCUAAGAUUAUACCAUCAUGGGCACCUGCAAGGCCUGCCAUUCCAAAAACUUUUGUCUUGAAUAAUGAACUGUAAUUUUAAAAUAAAAAGUCGUUUAUUUCGAAAACAAAA